CCGGGGCUGCCGCCGCCGCCGAGCCGAGCGGGGAACCGAGAGCAGCCGCCGCCUCCCGGGCGCCCAGAGAGCCGCUCCCGGCACCCCCAGCGGCCAGGGCGGGCUCGGACCCCUGCGGCUCCCCGCUGCACCCGCUGCGGUUCCCCGCGCGCUGCGGCCCCGGUUCCCGCCGCCUCGCCCCGGCCGGCCCCGGCAUGAGCAUCUCCAUCCCGGCGGGGCUGACGGAGCUGCUGCAGGGCUUCACCGUGGAGGUGCUGCGGAGCCAGCCCGGGGACCUGCUGGAGUUCGCCCUCCAGUACUUCGGGCGCCUCAAGGCGGAGGCGGCGGAGAGCGGCGCCGGGGGGGGCUCCCCCGCGCCGGGCCAUGAGAGGGGCAGCCUGGCGCCCCGCAGGGCCCCCACCCGGGGGGUCAGCUUCGCCGAGGAGCCCAUGCAGACCGACUCGGAGAGCGGGGACGAGGAGGAGGAAUUCGCCGGUAAGGGCGGGGUCCCUGGGAGCUCGGCGGUCGGGGGAGGGCCGGGCGCCCCCCCGAGACUAGCUCCAGUGAUAAACCGGUUCACUAGACGGGCAUCAGUAUGUGCAGAAGCUUACAAUCCUGAUGAAGAAGAGGAUGACACAGAGUCAAGGAUUAUUUACCCCAAAACAGAUGAUCAACGAAACAGAUUGCAAGAGGCUUGCAAGGACAUUCUUCUUUUUAAGAACCUAGAUCCGGAACAGAUGUCUCAGGUAUUAGAUGCUAUGUUUGAAAAGCUGGUUGAAGGAGGGGAGCAUGUCAUUGAUCAAGGUGAUGAUGGUGACAACUUCUAUGUAAUUGAUAGAGGAACAUAUGACAUUUAUGUAAAAUGUGACGGUGUUGGGAGAUGUGUUGGUACCUAUGAUAACCGUGGAAGUUUUGGUGAGUUGGCCUUAAUGUACAAUACACCCAGAGCAGCUACCAUAAUUGCUACAUCUCCUGGUGCUGUAUGGGGUUUGGACAGGGUAACAUUCCGGAGAAUCAUUGUAAAAAACAAUGCCAAAAAGAGAAGAAUGUAUGAAAAUUUUAUUCAAUCAUUGCCAUUCCUUAAAUCUUUAGAACUAUCUGAACGCUUGAAAGUGGUGGAUGUAAUAGGCACCAAAAUAUACAAAGAUGGAGAACAAAUCAUUACUCAGGGAGACAUGGCUGAUUGUUUUUUCAUUGUAGAAUCUGGAGAAGUGAGAAUUACUAUGAAAAGGAAGAAUAAACAGGAUGUAGAAGAGAAUGGGGCGGUUGAAAUAGCCCGGUACUCUAGAGGACAAUAUUUUGGAGAACUUGCUCUUGUAACUAACAAACCUCGAGCAGCUUCAGCAUUUGCUCUUGGCACUGUCAAGUGUUUAGUUAUGGAUGUACAGGCAUUUGAAAGGCUUUUGGGACCUUGUAUGGAAAUUAUGAAAAGAAACAUUGCAAACUAUGAGGAGCAGCUAGUUGCUCUGUUUGGAACAAACAUGGACAUUGCUGAUCCCAGUGCAUGAAAUAAAGUAUGGAACAACAAGAUCUGUUACGAGAAAAUAGCACAGUAGUGGUUAGUCCACUGAGAACGUCUAUCUUCCUGUAGAUGCCAAGCAUUUUCUGUGCUUUUAGGGUUUGGGUUUUGUUUGUUUGUUGGGGUUUUUUUGUUUUUGCUUUUUUACAUAUUACAAUGGAUGUAUCAGUAAACUAAAUAGGGAUUUAAUAGACUUUGGUCCUGAUUUUCAGAAGAGCUUAGCACCAGCAGUUCCAGUUAAAGUCAAGGGUAGCUGUAGAUGCACAGCACCUUUUGAAAAUCAGUUCUUUGUAUACAGCAUUUCAUAAAGAAUAGAUUUCAAGAAAACACUAUGCUGAUGAAUUUGUUCAACCAGCUUCUGUUCUAUAAAAUGGUUAAGAUUUUCUGGAAAGACUGUUAGCUUGAAUGUGAUAUGUUUAAAGUAUUAAUGCACAGAGUGUUCAUUAGUAUUGAUAAUACAGAAGGUAUGCUGUAGGUAUCCAUUUCUGCCUAUUACAAUUGUCAUAAUUUUAUGUUGCAAUUACUAUAGCUGUAUAAAAAAGAAAUAACUCAAAAUUCCUCAUAACAAUAAGGCACAACAAUACAUUUUGUGUAAAGUUCAUUACCCAAGUCUUAUUUUAACAUUUGUGAUUUGGUAUUAAAGUCCUCUUUGCUUAAUAUGUCACAUUUCAGCAAGCCCACUUGGAAAAUAUUGUAAUAUCUUAUGCAAUUUAGGGGAUUUUUAUAUUUUUGCAAUAAACUGCAUUUUUAUUUGUUACAUAUAAGUGGUAUAUUCCUCUGUUGAGAAAGCUGGCAAAUUAAUCUUGAUGCAAGCAUGUUUUUUAAAAAACGGCAAAAGUAUUUUAUGUAGACAAUUGUCACAUUCUAUCUAAUCAUGCAUAACCUACAUCAUUUUCCUUCUAAUUUCUUUCUUGUUUACAAAUUUAUGCAUUUUGUCUUUCCCAUAUUUAUUUGAUGUCUACACUAGGGUUAAAUUUUUGUCCUUAGAAAUCACUUUUUUUUCUCUGUACAUUUCAAGUCAAAUGUUCUCUGUAUCUCUUUCUCUUAGUAGAGUCUGACUUUAGUAGUUGAAUCUGGUCUGUAAUAUAUAAAGUGUUGAAAGCCAUACUAAAAUUUUUGGUCCCCGAAAUCCUUACCAGCAAGUCUGAGAAAGAAUGUGAAUCUAAAAGAUCAAUAAUAUGAAAGGCUGUUUUAUAUAUGUUUGGAGAGCAUGUCAUUAAAGCUGACAGAUUCUGCUUUGGUCUUCAGAGACCAAAGGCCCCUAAGAUAUCAUAAAAGACUGUCAUUGCAUCAGUCAAAGGAUGGGGUAAAGUUUUGCUCUGUGACGAAGGAGAAAGUAUUAUCUUACUUAAAAUAAGAAAAAAGGGUUCAUUUCUCACUAGUAAAAGUCUAUAACUGGAAGUAUCAGACACAGUCCAAUUCUCACAUUAUAUACUGACAUGUUUAUUGCUCCAUGUGGAAAGGUAGUUCACAUAAUGACAAGUUGCAGUAGUUCUACCAAGACAGAACCAGAAGAGUUUCAACAAGGUUGCUUGAUCCCUGUUUUAAACAAAUAAAAAGUUACACCUUACUUUUCUUCUUAGACAAUGACUUUUCUAAUGCAAUGUAUUUGUGUUUGUCAGUUGGUAUAAUUAUAUAUCCUGUAGCUAUAGUGAUCUGUUCUGACAAUUUAUACAAUCAUACUUGAAUAUGAAACUAUGAUUAUACAAUUCUAUUACUAACAUGUAAUUUAUAUCGUAUAAUAUGAUAUAAAUUAUAAAUGAACAUUGUUAACAAAAACAGUCUCAGCAGAAUUU